AACAUAGUUCCGGGUGCAACAAUACCUAAAGUUGCCCCACCUAAAGGCCCUAAUUUGGAUUAAAUUUUUUCCUAAAUCAUGUUAAAAUCACAUUUGCCACUGGUUUACCUCUGUCUCUACCUCGGUUUUAUCUCAGCUGAAAGAGAUUAUGACUUCAUGACUAUUUGUCCGAGGGUCGGUUGCAUGAAGGGCCGUUAUAUGAAUGGCUUUCAAACGUCAGAAUUUGAAGCAUACAUGGGCAUACCUUAUGCCCAGCCACCCUUGGGGCAUCUAAGAUUCAAGAACCCCGUAUGGAAGCCCAGAUGGCGUCACGUUCUUGAUGCUACCAAGCCCAAACCGGACUGUUUACAAAAGAAUUACCUCUUACCGAAUCCAAUAGUAUAUGGAGAAGAGGAUUGCCUUUACCUAAAUAUUUACAGACCAGUGCUUCGAGCAGGUCUUUUACCCGUAAUGGUCUACAUACACGGAGGAGGUUUUUUUAGCGGGUCAGCUAGUCCUUCAAUCAUUGGACCAGAGUAUAUUAUGGACACAGGGCAGGUAAUCUUGGUCACAAUGGCCUAUAGAUUGGGGCCUUUAGGUUUUCUUUCUACUGGAGAUUGGAAUAUGCCUGGUAACUUUGGUCUCAAAGAUCAGCAUAUGGUAUUGAAAUGGAUCCGAAAUAAUAUAGAAUCUUUCGAUGGCGAUAGGACAAAGGUUACCAUCUUUGGUCACAGUGCUGGGGCCGUUGCCACACAUAUGCAUUUAUUAAAUCCAAACUCUGCAAAUCUUUUCCAAAGAGUCAUUAGCAUGAGCGGCACGGCCAAUGUUCCUUUUGCUAUUACCAAAGAGCCUCUGAAACAAGCUCGAAAAAUGGGGGAACUGUGUGGAGUCCCGAAUGCAAAGUAUAUAAAUACAGCCGAUCUUGCCUCGUCCCUACGUGAAGUUGAUGCAUCACAAAUUGUAAAUGCAGGUGAUAGCUUCAAAUGCUGGGACGUGGAUCCCUUAACUAUCUUCCGACCGGUCGUGGAACCUCCUGGCCCAGAUUCUAUCAUACCAGAUACAAUAGACAAGUUAAUGAAAAGCAUAUACUAUCAACGCCGGCCUUGGCUUCUGGGGUUCGUCCCCGAUGAAGGAGCCGUCCGUGCUGUCAAUCUUAUCGAAAAUGUCACACUACUUAAUCAGUUCAAUUCGGAUUUUGCAUGUCUAUUUGAAGAAUUAAUGGAGUGGCCAGAAAGGUAUACAGAAGAUGAAAAAAAACAAAAAACUGGAGUACUCGUAACUGAAUAUUUUAAAAAUGAUUGGGGUAUAAAGCAGUCCAAUAAACAGGGUAUUAUGGACUCAAUCUCCGACAGAGGUUUUAAACACCCUCUCUAUAAAACUGUCAAAUAUUAUCAUACAAUCAAAGGAGGGAACUGGUUUUAUCAGUAUUUGUUCAAAUUCAGUUAUAAGGGUCCGUUUAGUUAUGCCUCGCUUUAUACCGAAGCAAAUGUAACCGGAAAAUAUGGAGUUGUUCAUGGCGAUGAGUUGCUAUAUUUGUUCCGAAGUCCUCUUUUAUUUCCCGACUUUGAUAAGAAAUCCACAGAGGCUAAGGUAAUCGACAUAUUUGUAACAUAUAUCGUCAAUUUUGCAAGAUUCGGAUAUUUAGUUGAUGUUCCUCGGACAAAUUAUUAUUGCACAAAAGAACUUUUAGAUCAAAGAGACGAUGGCAUUUGUGAUUACCAUGAAUUUAUGAACAGUUAUAUUAAAGGAUUUGAUAUGAAAGUAAAUUACCGUUUUCCAACUGCAAAAGUUAGAUUAUGGCAAGAGUUAUUGGACGAAAAGAUGUGAGAUCCACAGACUUUAAAUAAAUAAUUAAAAAAAUUAACCUCAA